AUGCAUCCUCGCCUUUUCUUUCUGAGUGCUUUUAGCUUCUACUUAUUGUCAACAUGUUCAUAUAUAACAAGAGCUCAAAAAUCGUCGAUUGCCACUACAGGGGUGGUAAUGAGUAAUGGCAUAGUCCAAGUUACGCUUCAAAAUCCAGAAGGUCAUAUCACUCGCAUACAAUACAAAGGAAUCGACAAUUUGCUAGAAGUUCAGAAAAAUGAAUCUAAUCGAGGGUAUUGGGAUGUUGUUUGGAGUCCUCCAGGAAGUACAAGAACCGAAGGUACCUUGGAAAGUGUCACGGGAACAAUUUGUAAAGUUAUAAAAGAAACCCAAGAUCAAGUAGAAGUCUCAUUUUCGAGAACAUGGAAUUUUCCCCUCAAGGGAAAAUCCGUCCCUCUCAAAAUCGACAAAAGGUAUAUUAUGCUACGUGGGUCAUCCGGUUUCUAUACUUAUGCAAUUUUUGAACAUGUGAAAGGAUGGCCAAGUUUUGAUCUCCAGGCCACUAGAGUUGCUUUCAAGCUCAGGAGAGACAAAUUUCAUUAUAUGGCCAUGUCGGAUGAUGAUCGACAAAGGGAUAUGCCUUUGCCAGAAGACCGAUUGCCUGAAAGGAGUAAGACAUUAGACUAUCCGGAGGCGGUUCUCCUUGUUGACCCAGUGGAUCCUAAGUUCAAAGGACAAGUAGAUGAUAAAUAUCAAUACACUUGUGAAUUAAAGGAUCUUCGAGUCCAUGGAUGGAUUUGUAAGGAUCCUGCUGUGGGAUUUUGGCAAAUUACACCAAGUAAUGAGUUUAGGGUAGGUGGUCCGAUUAAACAGGAGCUAACUUCUCAUGUUGGACCUACAACUCUUUCGAUUUUUUCAAGUGCUCAUUAUGGCGGAAACGAUAUGGUGAUCAAAUUUAAGGAAAAUGAAUCGUGGAAGAAAGUGUUAGGCCCGAUUUUUAUAUAUCUCAAUACUAUUCCUAAUGGAAAAAACCCUUAUACUCUUUGGAAUGAUGCGAAACACCAGAUGUCCAUUGAAGUCAAUCGAUGGCCAUAUGACUUUCCUGCUUCACCUGACUUCCAAUCUGCUCGCCAACGGGGUGAAGUUAACGGUAGAUUACUUGUCCAAGAUAGCUUGAUUAAUAGCCCAGCAAACGGCGCUUACAUUGGCCUAGCACCACCAGGAGAUGUGGGAUCAUGGCAAAGAGAAACCAAGCAAUACCAAUUUUGGACCAAAGCGAACAAGGAGGGUUAUUUUACCAUAAAGAACAUCAUUGCCGGCGAAUACAAUCUAUACGCUUGGGUCCCUGGAUUUAUUGGCGAUUUUAAAAAUUCUAAGAUCAUCAAUAUUACCCCAGGUAUUAAAAUAAACAUGGGUGAACUUGUAUAUCAUCCUCCGAGAUAUGGUCCGACUUUAUGGGCUAUCGGCUUUCCUGACCGCACAGCAGCUGAAUUUCACAUCCCUGAUCCUCAACCGAAAUAUGCCAACAAUUUUCUUCUCCAAGGUCCUAAUAGGUUCAGACAGUACGGAUUAUGGAACAAAUAUUCAGAGUUGUAUCCACAUCAAGAUUUGGUAUACACAAUUGGAGAGAGUAAUUAUAGAAAAGAUUUCUUUUUUGCCCAUGUUCUUAGGGAAGCCGAUGAUGGAACUUACAAGAGGACAACAUGGACAAUCAAGUUUCGUCUUGACCAUUUGAAUGAGAGCGGAACAUAUGUACUCCGAUUAGCUCUUGCUUCCGCACAUCAGUCUAACUUGAUGGUACGUAUUAACGAUCUGAACAAUGAUCCACUCUUUUCAACUGGAUUCAUUGGGGGGGACAAUGCAAUUGCAAGGCACGGAAUACACGGCUUGUAUUGGUUAUUCAGUAUCAAAAUACCAGGCUCCCAUUUAUCCUCACAUGGAACGAAUUCUAUCUACUUAACUCAAGCCAGCAAUAAGACUCGUUUUCAAGGGGUAAUGUAUGACUAUAUCCGUUUAGAAGGUCCCAGGAGUUCUACUGUUAACAAAAUUUCUUAAUGUGAAAAACAAUACAUUGUAUUCAUCCUAAAUAAAAAUAUCAUGGCG